AUGGGUAGCCAGCCUUCCAAGCCGUCGCACCAACUGAGCCAGCAUGAAAAAGCCGUCAUUGAUUGCGUGACAGAAUUGCGCAUAGAUGAAGACUACAUUGAAGUAGCCACCGAGAAGCCAGGUCGAGAGACUGUGCAGCUGCACCCCAGAUCUCCAGGAGGCGUCGAUCCUAUCGCUUCAAAUGAGUUCAUUCGCCAGGUGCUGAAUGACCCAAAGAACAGGCUCGCUCUUACAGCCUUAAGCACGGCGAAUCCUCGUCAAGUACUGAUGUCCUCGCCUGUUGCUCAGGUCGAUCAGCAAAUUUUCAGCCACGGAAUACCAUUUGAGGGAAAUCCAAUUACAUCCCAGGGAGCAAGCGGUCGCUGUUGGCUCUUCGCUGCGACCAACGUCUUCAGGAUCGCCUUCAUGCAAAAGUAUGGACUAGAGUCGUUUGAGCUAUCUCAGUCCUACCUCUUUUUCUGGGACAAGUUCGAAAAGACGAACUGGUUCCUCGAGCAGAUCAUCGCGACAAGCCAGGAAGACAUUGGCAGCCGGCUCGUUCAGCAGCUGCUUACUGAUUUGAUCGGCGACGGUGGACAAAUGAGCAUGGUACAGGGUCUAGUGGCCAAAUACGGUCUGGUUCCCAAGACCAUUUAUCCCGAUAACUGGAAUGCCACGAAUUCUGCUAUUCUGAACUCGAUCUUGAAGACGAAGCUACGUCAGAAUGCGUUGACACUUCGCAGGCUAUUGCGUGGAGAGCUAGCUGCUGACCCUACCCCAGCAGCUGUUGAGGGAUUCAAAGCUGCAAUGCUGCAAGAAGCCUUGACAAUCAUGACACUGCUCCUAGGACCACCCCCAAGUAGCACAGAGUCAUUCAGUUGGGAUUAUCUGGACAAAAGUGGAAAGUCUCAUAAAUUGAGCAUCUCGCCGAAAGACUUUGCUCGGGAUACUUAUGGAUCGGAUAUUCGAGUCAGCUUGGAGACCCUGGAUGGCAUGAUUUCGCUUGUUCACGACCCUCGCCACAAGCCAAUGUCACUCCUUACAGUUGACCGGCUGGGUAACAUCGUCGGAGGCCGCAAAGUUGAAUACGUCAAUGUCGAUAUGGAUACCCUCAAGACCUCGUGCGUGAGGAUGAUCAAAGCUGGCAUGCCCGUCUUCUUUGGCUGUGACGUCGGCCAGUUUAGCGACAAGGACCUGGGUGUCAUGGAUACAGAGCUUUUCAACUACCAGGUCGGCAUUAAUACCAAUUUGUUGGGCAUGAACAAGGCCGAAAGACUCAUGACAGGAGAGAGCAGAAUGACCCACGCCAUGGUCUUGACGGCCGUGCACAUCGACGAAGCAACCGGGCAGCCCGUCCGAUGGAGAGUCCAAAACAGCUGGGGACCGACUGCUGGUGACAAGGGCUGGUUUGUGAUGACGGAUGCGUGGAUGGAUGAAUUUGUUUAUCAGGCGGUUAUUGACCCACGGCUCUGCCCGCGAGCAGUGCGAGAUGUCCUGAAGCAGGAACCCGUUACAUUGCCACUGUGGGAUCCUAUGGGCUCUCUGGCAAUGGCUUGA